CAGACAGAGAUGAGACUGCAGCGAGCUCAGCCUGUCUGGCAGGACACAUUGCUGUCUGUCUCUUGCUCUCAGGGUCCCGCCACUCUCUACCAGUCCCAGGAGGCACGGCUCUGGGGGGCGGGGGGGGUCCCUUUGGGGCCACUGAAGGUCUGGCAAACUGAUUGCAAGCUCUUCAUUCACGCGAGGAUUUGAUUCUUUCCUGGGGAGAAUGUUUUCCUGCCCCUAGGGGGGUUUGUGACUCCCCCACAAUGUUGGUGGAGAUGCUGUGGCUGUUCCUGCUGAAUCUUGUCCUGUACGUGAGUUCAGAGGUCACCCAUCCAGAGCUGUCGGAAUGCUUCACGGUGAAUGGGAGAGACUACCGGGGGACAGUGAGCCACGCCGGGCCCGAGGGGACCCCCUGCCUAUACUGGAACCAGACCAAUCAGCACAUGUUCAACGCUCAGUCGGAUUCCGACGGGGAGCUGGGGCUGGGCAACCACAAUUAUUGCCGAAACCCUGAUGCAGACGUCCAGCCUUGGUGCUACGUGUCAGAGAAUGAAGAUGGAAUUUACUGGAAGUACUGUGAUAUCCCAUCAUGCCACAUGCCUGGUUACCUCGGCUGCUUUCUAGAUUUCGGCACCCCUCCUGCACUUAGUGGGGCAAGUGGAACGUCCUCCAAGCUUACUGUCCAGGCCUGCAUCAGAUACUGCCGCACCAAGGGCUACCAGUAUGCAGGUCUGGAGGCCGGAUACGCCUGUUUCUGUGGAGAUCCGUCCGACGUGGGCAGCUUGCAGCCCGCCAGCGGCUCCCAGUGCGACCAGUACUGCUUUGGGAAACCCAAUGAAAUAUGUGGAGGCGAUGGGAAGAUUAGCGUGUACAGCGCAUGGGUCGGGGCUUGCCAAGAGAACCUCACUUCUUGCUCAGGUGUCCUCUACUCCCCUGACUUCCCUGAGGAAUACGGUCCCAGCGUCUCCUGCAUGUGGGAUGUACUCGCUCCGGGCAGUGCCGCCAUUGAGUUGCAGUUCCACAUCUUCCAGGUUCCAGACCCCAAGGACGUCUUAGAAGUCAGGGAUGGGACAAGCAGAACGUUGCUCAUGAAGGUUCAAGGUGGACAGAAACCCCCUAGCAGCGUAAUACUCCCAUCUGGUCAACUCUGGUUUCACUUCCAGUCGGACCAAGAGUUUGGUGGCCCAGGCUAUGCUAUAACCUACAGAGGACUGCCAAUCACAGUGACCAACUCCACCCCCCUCCAAGAAACAUCUGAAGAACUCUCUUUGGCGUCCCCCAACAGUACAUCAGAGCACCAUAAUACAGAACAUACGUCUGCCAGUAAAGGACUGCCAAUCACAGUGACCAACUCCACCCCCCUCCAAGAAACAUCUGAAGAACUCUCUUUGGCGUCCCCCAACAGUACAUCAGAGCACCAUAAUACAGAACAUACGUCUGCCAGUAAAGCCUUGCUCUUCCUGGCAGCGGCCCUGGCACUUCUAGCUCUCUGCAUUGGGAUUGUAAUAUGGAGGUACCCAUCCUGGAGCGCCAGUAUCCCUUGUGCUAUGGUGCAGCCUACAACCUGCUCCAUGCUAUACGGACACAAGAAAGAAAGAAUGGGCGACCUCACCUGUGUCAAUCAGUCAUCCAUGAAAUCACUGAUAUAAGGAGAAUUUAGGGUAAGCGCAACAAGUUCCGUGAUGCAGAGAGAGAAUCAGCAAUGCUGUAUGGACUGAAGCUCUGCCCCAUAAACACCAGCACUACCCGGUGCCAUAAUCUCAUUCUCUGCACCGUUCCCACAUCAGUCUGCAAGGCCGGGAUGAAGAUGAGAUGGGUAAAUCCACUGCAAGAUACAGAACCUGUAUGAGCCAAAGACACCACAGGUUCCUGCAAAGCCUGGAGUAGUAGGGAAAUAAAUGCUCAGCAAACAUUAUUAUACUGAUGGGACAGAGCGCAAAGCAUCAGCCCAAAAGGACCGAGACACUGUAUGGACUCAAACCCUGCAAUGCAGAGGAGAAGGAAAGAUCAAUGCACUUCAGGGCUGUACGGAUAUACGGAGGAACAUUCUCUAGGGUACAGUAUUGACUAAAUGCCCUUAGAACAAUACACUUCAAGUAGAAAGAUGGUGCAGACCAACCGUUGACUGAGAACAUGGAGGGUAAAACUCUGCAGCCUACAAACUAUUUAUUUUAUGGCAAAUACCGACACGGUCAGGGCAACAAAGUGGCCAGUAGCUCGGGGAAAAAGCUCCGUACAAAUCACUUGGGUUUCAAGGGAUCAAGUAAAAACUCUAUUGAAGUCUGAGGGAAACUCGAGGAGAAUCCAAUUCAAGGAGAAAAUCUUUUUUUGGAAUUAGAUGUUUUUCUCAUUGAAUCUGGACAAUUUUUGGAACCACGGUGGCUUUUGAGAUGCCACCAACGACCAAUCAGGGCACAAAAAUAAAAUACAUGAAACAGA